UGCUGGCCUGUUGUGAGAUUUCGGGAGUGGCUGCUGAGGAAGAAAUAGCAGAGAAUCGUGUCAGCGGAUACUGCUGUAGUCUGGAGGUGCUACACCAGCUGACUGUGGGUUUCAGCGUUACUUGGGGAUAACCAAAAUCACAAUGAAACUACAGUGGCUGCUGUUGGUAAUUCUUGUCAUUCUUGUGACUGAUGUCUUUGGAGACAAACUGAGAAAGCAAAAGAAGUAUCGCCGUCACCGAACCACAAGCACCACCACGACAGAGUCAGAUCCUGAAACGGCUGAUGAUGUGGCUGAAGAUGAAGCUGGUGAGAAGGACAUGUUUUCAAUGUUACAAAAUGAUGAAGAAGCAGAAGAGGAAAAGAAAAAGAAACUCAUAGAAGAGGAAGAAGAGGCCAAGGACGAAGCUUCCAGGGAAAUCAUUAGGGACAAUGAUGUUUCUUUACCUGAUCCAUGUGCUAAGAAGCACUGUGGGGCUGGUCGAGUCUGUGAGUUAACAGAAGAGGGGGAAGCAGAGUGUGUCUGUAUUUCAACAUGUCCUGAUGAGGUUGACCCUAGAAGAAAGGUAUGUUCAAACCACAAUGAGACAUGGGGCUCAGACUGUGAAGUAUAUCAAAUGAGGUGCUGGUGCGACAGAGGACUGGAUGCAUGCCGAGGAGAAAAAUACAAGCAUGUGCACAUUGAAUAUUAUGGUGUCUGCCGUGAUAUGCCUGAGUGUACCACAGAGCAGAUGGCAGAUUUCCCACGCAGGAUGAGGGACUGGUUGUUCCACAUCAUGCGUGAUCUUGCUGAUCGCCAGGAACUUACACCUCACUAUCUGAAGAUGGAACGUGAAGCUGAGAGCAACUUGACAAGGCGCUGGAGCAAUGCUGCUGUAUGGAAGUGGUGUGACUUGGAUGGACAUCCCCAUGACAAUGCAGUGUCACGUCAUGAGCUGUUCCCAAUCAGAGCACCGUUGAUGGCACUAGAACAUUGCAUUGCACCAUUCCUCGAUUCUUGCGAUGUGGAUGACAAUCAUCGCAUUACCCUCAAGGAGUGGGGGAAGUGUCUGGAAAUUGAAGAGGAUGACCUAGAAGAAAAAUGUGAUGAACUAAGAAAAGAAUAAUUUGAAAAUCAUUUAUUUUACUAAAAAUUACACAAAGAUGCCUGCAACUUUGAAAAGAAGUCCUAGGACAUGAAAGGAAUUCCUAGAUAUGUCGAUGAAGAGUUGCUGCAAGAGAUGUCAGUACUGUUUAGUACUAAUGUGAAAUCAGUAAUGUGGUGCUAAUACUAAAACAGUGAAACCUUGGUAUGGUGUAUUCAUGUUAAAAAAGAACAUAAUUAGAGAAGGGAUAUACUUGCGGAAACUAAAGACUUGCACAGUUCAUACAGAAACUGAUUAUUUGUAAUUUCAUGAAUAUAUCGUUCCUUACACACCUUUUUACUUUUUUAAAUUUUACACAUACCCUUAUGUAACAGAUUGAACAUCUCAGCUUACUUUAUUGCAUGCUGUAAGAUAAAGGAACACUAUAUUGAGGAUAUACUGUGUUUUAAUUAUGUAAAAUAUGUCUCAAACAUGCUCAGACAGGGAAGACAGGAGAAUAUGUAUAAUUAAACAUACAGACACCAUGAAUAGUAACAGAAAUUUAUUGAAAUGCUAGGUUAUGUACUGUUAGAAUGGUGGACUGUUUUUGGUAAGUUUGAUUGAACAUGCUAAGCCAUGAUAAUAGUGGAUUUGAAACAAUAACUUGGUGUUUUACUUUACCAAUGUUUUUAAUAAUAUUAUUAAUUUAAAUGUAAUUUAAUUAAUGUAUUUCUUUUUACAUUCUUUGCUUGUUUUGCCAGUAUUUCCUGUCUGAGUUCUUUUAUGACACUGUAGGCAGUAUAUGUAUUCUGUAGUUGAUACAGAUAUGUACAGAAGUAAGAAAACUAUAUUUAGGGUUAUUAUUAUUUUUGCCUUUUGUUGUAGUCAGAUUGCAAUAUGUUACAUAAUAUUUAAUUAGAAAAGUUUGAAGUUUUGAUAGAAGUUGAGAAUAGGUUUAAGAAUGGAUUGAGGUGCCAAUAAAGAGAGAAAAAUGAAAAAAUGGAUUGAGAUACCAUUAAGGGGGUAUAAAUGUUCCAAGAUGCCAUAAUAAUUACAAAUUGUCAUUGGAAGAAGAAGAGUCUUAUGUUACAGAAUACAAGAAGAUAUAUUCUCAUUCUUGACAGAAUAGUUUUGUAACAUUUAUUGGUGCACAUGGACUAUGACUGAAAGAAAGUUACAGGUAAGUUCCCUUUAUCAAACUAACUUAGAAACACAUUUCUGUCCAAAGAAUGGAGUGCAAGAAUGAUGUUUAUAUAUAUGAAUGUUCUCUGUUCCUAGCAGUUCAUUGAUUCAGUGUACCUGUGUUUGUACAGACCACUUUUUCCUGACCAAGUUCCAGACAACAGAGUGCAUUUUUGUUUCCUCCUACAAGAUCCUCUUCCUAUUUGUAUGUAUUUUAUAUAACAGAAUAACAUUUUUGGUGUUUCAUGGGUGUAACAUGUAACUGUGGAUACAUUUGAAGCUGUAUAUCAAGAUUUUAUGAAAAAUGUUUAUCAAGCUGUAAAAGAAAGGCGACAGUUCCAUUUUCCAUGAAAGUAACAGCUUCAGAUGCUGUUAAUCUUGUUUAAGUGUGAUGCAAUACUAAAGAUGUAAAUCCUUUCAUAUUUUGUCUAAUCUGUGUCUAAUUAUUUUUAUCACUUAGCUUGGUGUUCAAUUAUGUUUACUGUAUCUUAUACAUAGUAAUUGUAUCACAACUGAGAUUUCAACACUGCCAUAUUAAUAUCAAACAUUACUAGUUUGUAUUUUUAAUCCAUAAACAGUUUGCAUUUGUAUUUUUAAAUAAAGUUUUCAAACUGUCUUCUAUUAAUA